GUUUGACAGUAUUUGCCAGACACACGUAAAAAUAAUAAAAUUACGUACAAAAAUAAUUCAUUUCCAGAUAUAAAUCAUUUGUAGCGAUAAUGAGAAAUAUUUCAGAAUAUGUGCAAUUAUUAAACCAAUUAUAAAAACUAUUUAAAGAGUGAUGACGUUGAAUUGGGACUAUGUAACCUUAAAAGUGUUAAAAGAAACAAACUUUGCUUUCUCAUUGUUUGAUAAUCAUCGUUAUCUGGGCAGAACAGUGCGUUGAUAUGUCACAUUUUGGAGAUUUUAUGGACGGUGUGCCCGUUAAAAUAUCGGAGAAGUAUAAGAGGCCGCUGAGAUUUGAUUUACCUUAUACAGUAAACGAAUGUCCAAUUAGAGCUCAGGCUGUCGUGGACAGCGCUAAUUAUUCGUGUGCGUUUGAAAGAAACGUCCUUGCCAAACUUAAGGAGCUUAGAAAUGCGAAAGAAACGAAGAAGAAUGAAAGGCGGCAUCGUCUCCAGUUGCUGCAGGAGGCGGAGCAGAAGAGGCUCGAUGCGAUAGCUGCCGCUGAGGACGAGGAGCGGCUCAAACAGCUGAGUGUGUCCGAGGUGUCAUACCCUAGCACUGAUGAAAUAAGCCCAUUGUCUCCUGAUGAGAAAGCUGAUAAAAACUGUGAUAACAUUGCUAAAUUAGAUAAACCAUUAGAGCAUACAGAUGUGACCACAAGUAUUGACUACCCUACUACUAGUGCUGCAGUUGAGUCUCAGCUUAAUAUACUGCAGCCUAUACAGGUGAAGACACAUCUGCAGGAGAACAGCCUACUAGAUGAUCCUGACCCCCUACAGAAUUUGAAGUUAAAUACAAAGAUUACUAAAAUACAACAUAACCCUAACAUAGACACGCUAACAUUUAGAGAUUUUGAGAAUGAUACAUCCAGUCCCUUUGACAAUGUGGAGCUGAAAACUAUAAAUGAUAUGGAGUUGCUGGCACAGGUGCUGCAGAGUCAGAAAGAUUCCACAACAAGCUGUCAGCCCCAGCCAAGUUAUGGGCCAGAACAUAGCUAUACCAUUCCUAACUGUGCCUCCCAACCACAUGUGGAGGGGGUCACAUAUCUACCAGCACAAUAUUUAGAUCAACCUAUCCAAAAUUCAAAUAUGAUGUAUGGAUCUCCACAACAUUAUCCAUUGUCCAAUGGGUACUAUAUACCUACAGAUAAUGAAGCUGCUAAUAUGUAUAUGCAUAACUACCAAUACUAUGUUCCUCCUAAUCCGUACACUCCUGUAGAACCUUAUUAUGGAAGUCAAAUGCCAACAACAUCAGCGGAUAUUGGUCAUGUGCCAAAUGGUUCAUACAUUCCACAGCCUUACUACUACCACCAGUACCCUCAAGUCCCUGUGGCAUAUCCACCAGGGAAUGCGCCGGAGGCUUACCCGGUUGUGUUGCCAAAUGAGAGCUCAGAUCAAACUACAGCAGCUACAGGCCCACAGACUGCAGUGAAAUCUAGGUCCAGGAGUGUGCCAGAUAUUGUAAGGGAAUUGAAUGAAGAGUUGGCUAAACUGCGGAUGAGUGAGAGAUCAUACAAUGCUAGCCCAGCUCCUAAAAACCAAUCUCCACAAACAUCUACUCCUGCUCCCGCUACAAGUAGUGACAGUAAGGUGGAGAAGAGGAGUAGGAAAAGAACAGAGAACUUGCCAAAUCCAUUUGAGAAGUUGUCACCAAAGUUGCAGGACAUGUGUAGGAAAAUUCAUGGAAUGGGUUUUCCUCUUGACAGGGUAGCUAGGGUGUGUACCCUUGUAGGUGAUAAUGACAAGAAAGUGAUCGAAGGUCUAUUAAUACUCGGUGAUCUAAUGGACCUCGGCUUCCCAGAGGGCAGGGUGUCCGCAGCGUUAGCUAAGCACGAAUUUAACAGGGACAAAGCUUUGGACGAGCUGGUACCGUAACAGAGUAAGAAAACCCCGAAUAUUUGUAAGAGGACUCUAGAGAAAUGAUUUCUCCAGAAGGGAAUCAAGGAUACUCCUGUAAGUCAGGUUGUGACUGACAGAAAAUGGCGGUUUGACAAAAUGGAACUGAUAGUGAUAAGAAUAGACUUACCGGCUUUGAAGCCGUGUCUAUCAGUCUUUAAACAGCACAGUAUACAGCGAGUGUUCGGAAUGGUAUAGAGAAAGGUCUAUGAACUGAUAGUGUCGGGAUUAUGAUGCAUUUUAAUAUUUCGUAGUUUGAAAUAUAGAGUCUGUAGGUACUGGUAUAAAUGAUAGUCGAUGUCUUCUAGCAGAUGCAGAGUUGCCGUUACUAUAAUUAUUAUUUCCGCUAAUUGCUAUGAUUAUAAAAGACAUGUUUUAAUUUUUCAAAGCGCGGUUUUUAUCUUAACUUACUAUGUUUAACAAUUUAAGUACUGAUGGACAUAAACGUAAAACAACACCACAUUGUUUUUUUAUAAAGUAAGAGAUGAAUCAACUUCUGAUUCAUAAACUUCACAGAAGUAAUUGUUUGUCGCUAUGUUUUUCCAUUUUGCGUAUAAAUGACGAUGAUAUAAAUGGCGAUGUGUGAGAGAGUAUAGUAUUUAUUUGCUAAAUCUGUUACUUGAGUAAGUGAAAUUAAUUCGAAAACACUGAAUAGAUUACUUUUUGUAGUAAUUUAAUUAUUUUUUAUUGUAAAAACUAAAAUUAAAGUCGCCAUUUCAUGUUAUCCUCAACUUCAAAAAUGUUAUCCUAAGUUACUGUUUAAGUAGAACAGUCAUACCGCUAGACAGGUUUUGACUAAAAAAUAUGAGCAUCCACUUCACUAAAGUCAUCACAAUGUAAUAUAAAAAAAACAGCAAUAAUUAGUUUCCUAUUAUUUCUAGGGAUGAAACGAUACCAUUGAGGUAUCGAUACUUUUACUCGAUACGGUAUCGGUCGUCAAGUAUCGAUACUUACUCGGUAUCAAUUGAAAAGUAUCGAUACUUACUCAUAUCGAAUAGUUUUUGGAAAAUUGAGUAAAAACGCUUUAUUAUAUAAAAACAAAAUUAUUUUUUAAAUUUACAAAAAGAAGUCUGCUUUUGUAGCGCUUCCUAAAAAAAUCAAUUUAUCUAAAUGCUUGCCUGUUAGGAAAACAAUAAUGACGAUGAAGUAAAUAUGGCGGCGGUGAAGCGGAGGCGCUGCUUGACUGUUUUUUUUUUCGGGCAUAGACAAACAAGCCUUGCAACAAAACAAACAAAAAAAUUGACAAGCGAAAAAUGGAUGCGUUCAAAAACUUUAAUUUAAGAUAUACAUUUUUUUAAAUCAAUGUUAAAAUGAUAUAUUGAUUUCGGCAUAAUUAUACUGAUAUGAGUACUUUUGACCGAUACCUACUCGAUACUUAUUUUCAAAGUAUCGAUACUAAAAGUACUUGGUAUCGGAGAAAAGUAUCGAGUAUGUACUUGUAUUUACUUGUAUCGUUUUAUCCCUAAUUAUUUCAUCAGAUGGACUUAGCUCUUCUAAGUUGUCUUGAUUGGAUAUAUGACAAUAUAAUAGCAAUUUAUUAAUUUACUUACUCUAUUGGCUCAGUGACACAUAGUGGAUCUUGGCAGCUGGGCUUCAAUACGAGAUUUAACUAUUUCUUGCGGUUCUUGGCGCAGUUUCUCGCCAAUUACUCGAGGCUUUCCUCAAAACCAUCUCCAUCUUUCUAGCGGUACCUUGAUCGACAUUGAAAUGCCAGUCGUCUGGUAGGUUUAAAGGUUAUACGCUUUCCUUGCACUUCAAUCGUCACCCAUUUUUUUUGAUGUGGCUUAGCCCAACUUAAAAUUUUUAGAAUGAUCUGUACUAAAAGUCCCUAAAUCGAAAUUAGCCAGAACAAACUAUGAUCUCUUAUUAAUCUGUGCCCCUCAGCUCCUUCUAUGAAUGACUAGCGUAUUAACCGCAACACAAUUAUUUGUUUACUUAAUCUCAGUUAAUUUGUCGCGGAGAACCUAACGGGUUACCGGGGCUCCAGCUCGACG